AUGCCGUCUCUCCGGCCUCUGCUCAACCCCAUCCUGGGUCCCGAGCCCCGCCAGCCGGACCGGAUACCCACAGAUACCGUGGUGCAGCUUUCAGCCAUGGACAGCUCCUGGAUGAUGCGCAUGAUGAUAAUGAGCUGGAGUAUGUGCUUCCACGACGUUCUCGAUCCGGAGAUGCUCCACGCCUCGCUCUCAGAGCUUCUCACCAUCGGCAACUGGAAAAAGCUGGGUGGAAGGCCGCGACUAACGAAAGACGGCAAACUCGAACUUCACAUUCCACAAUCCUUUACGCCCUCCCGCCCAGCAGUCCACUUCACGACAGAACCAAACCCCUCCAGCGUCAAAACACACCCUCUAUCCUCAACCAUCCCCUCACUCUUCCUCCCUCACAAAACGACAUCCUCCUCCCCAAACUGCCCCAUCAUCCUCGAUACCCCCUCAACCCUCACCUCCCUCCUCGCCGGUCCCGAAGCACCAAGAACCUUCAAAGACUACACAACCACAGAUCGCCCCCUCCUAACCCUCCACAUCAUAACCUUCUCUGACGCAACCUUCGUCACAAUAACCUACCCGCACAGCAUAACAGACGGCAUGGGCCGCCGCGAACUCGUCGAGAACUGGUGCCACGUCCUAGCCGGCAGACAAGACCUCGUCACGCCCCUAGCAGACCCGUCCUCUGACCCAAUGGCAAAAGUCGCAUACGCAGAGAAGCAACGUUACGACGAGCCGUUCCUAUGGGAACACAAGAGGUUAACCGGCUUGGGUAAAGUGCGGUUCACGCUCGGCUUGCUGUGGUACCUCCUCACGAACCGCAUCCGCCAGCGAAACAUCUUCAUCCCCGCCGCAGCACUCCUCCGCCUCCGCGAGCGUGCCGAAACAAAUAUAUCAACGGCCACAAAUGAAGAGCCGACGACAACAGGCCGCCUCAGCGACGGCGACAUCCUAACAGCAUACCUCGUCCGCCUAGCCUGCUCCCACAUCCCUGCCUCCCAACCUACGAAACCAAUCUCCAUCUCCACGGCCCUCGACCUCCGCGGCCGCCUACACUCCGACGACCUGCCCCCCGGCGAAGCGCACGUCUCGAACCUGGUAGCAUACAACUGGACCAACACCACAGCCCUUGGCCUCCUCCACGCCCCCUUCGGCAAAGCCGUCGCGCUGAUCCGCAACUCGGUGCGGUCCCAGCUUACCGAUGCGCAGGUAUACGCCUCGACUCGACUUACAUAUACCGCCGUCGCGGAGAGCGGGAGCACGAACCAGUUUACGGAGGCGAAUGGGUUCGUGGUGUCUGUUUCGAAUGUGGGGAAGGCGAGGUUUCACGAGGUGAUUGAUUUUAGUCCUGCUGUUGUCAAGGCUGAGGAGGAGCCGGGGGGUGAAGGGAAGGAGGGGGAGGGAGAGGAGAGACGGACGCCGAGGGGAAAGAUUGUGUGGCAGUGUAAUACCCCGCGAAUGAGCCUGCUUCCGCCGUGUCUUAUAUACAUUCAGGGGAAAGAUCACGAGGGGAAUUACUUGGCGCAGAUGGUGGUUUCGGAGAGGACGUGGCGGGUGAUUGAGGAUGAGGUUAAGAGGGUGUAA